UCAUUGUGAGUCACAAUGAAGCCUCUCGUAACAUUAUUCUGGUUCUUCUCGUGCGACUAUGUUCAUGUCAAGGCUAGGGUGGGUGGGAAUGAACAUAUCCGCGGGCUCGGUCCUAUGAACGGCGGCGAUCCCAACGACCAAUUCUAUUAUAUGCAGAAGGAUUAUCUUGAGGCCAUCUCUGUACCGAAGGCUUGGGGCAUCGUAGACUCUGCUCCGAAGAGAACACACGUGACCAUCGCGACUAUAGACAAUGGAAUCGAAGCAAGUCAUCCUGAUUUGGAGGGCGUCGUCAUCGAGGGCUACAACAUCGUUGAUGAUAAUAGCGAUACCAGACCUCGAGGACCGCAUGGAACCAACAUGGCUGGCAUCAUUGGUGCUAUCAGAAAUAACAAGAUCGGUAUUGCGGGUAUUCUGGACGGUGUAAGCAUACUGCCCAUAUUCAGGGGUGAGAUACCGACUAACGUCAAUGACACUAAGGCUUUCGAAUAUCUCAUCCGUGAGAAGAAAGGUGAUGUUAAAGUGGUCCUGUUAACGGAUGGGUUCACAGCACCCGUCCCAUUGCUGAUGCAGAUAAUUCGGAGAGCUGCUGUAGCUGGCAUGCUCGUUGUGAUAUCUGCAGGGAAUAGGCAUCUGGACAUGGACAAGACCGAAUACUAUCCUUGUUCCCGCCGGGGACUACACGGUGGAGGAAUCUUCUGUGUUGCAGCCACCAAUGGUACCAAAAUGCAGCUUGAUGACGAAAGCAAUUUUGGCUCAGCUGUUGACAUUGCCGCUCCAGGUUACAAUUUAGCUGAAACAAAUCUUAAUGAGGGGUACAGCAGGGGUACGGGCACUUCGGGUGCCGCCGCUAUCGUAGCGGGUAUAGCUGGGAUGCUCUACAGCCUUGAGCCUUCACUGAAGACUAAGCUGACUCCUGCUUACAUCAAAAGUGUCAUCAUGGAUACGGCCACCAAAGGUGUCAAGGAUAAUAAAGGAGAAAAGACUCUCUCCUUCGGCCGCGUGAAUGCUGCGGCGGCUGUUGAUAAGAUGCUUGGAAGAGGGACGGUAUAAUUUUCCCAUUUCGACUUCAUUUUCUGACGACAGAGCCAUCCACGUACUUGUUUCGUGAACUUUCGUCUAUUUUUCUGGCCUUUCCCUCGUUGGAUGGAUUGUCCACUUAAUGUUUGUAUCCCAAUCGCCAUUUUCUACGAACGCGAAGAUCUGAUGUCACACGUAGCCGUGUAGUCGGGGAUUUGGAAUAGAUAAUUCUUCGCUCUC